UUCGCCCCGAGGUGGAAAUCUACCCCAUGGAGUCGAGCUCCCUGCCCCAGACCGACCGGCUGGUGUGCGCCGUGAUGGAUUUCUACCCCGCGGACAUCGAGGUGAAGUGGUUCCGCAACGGGCAGGAGGAGACGGAGCGCGUGGUGUCCACGGACGUGAUGCAGAACGGAGACUGGACCUACCAGGUGCUGGUGCUGCUGGAAACCAGCCCGCGGCGCGGGGACACCUACGCCUGCCGGGUGGAGCACGUCAGCCUGGAGCACCCCCUC